AAGGACUCAAAUAUCAAUGAUCUUGCUUCAUGGGAUGCCUUAGUUGUUUUAACUGAACAAUUGUUGAUAAAAUAUCCAUCACCAACAGAAAUCAUAAAACAAACAAUAACUAAAACAUUUGAUGAAUUAUUAACAAGAUUCCCCUUAUUUUUCGGGUAUUGGAAGAAAUACGUUUCAUUAAUAUAUCAAAUCUAUGGGAUUGACGAAUCAAUUAAAGUGUUGGUACGUUCUUUAGAUUCAUUCCCUCAAUCUUUAGAAUUAUGGUUAGAUUAUAUGACAAUUUUAAUAUCAAAUUUUAAUGAAGAUAAAGAGAAGAUUAGAUUUAAUUUUACAAAAGGUUUGAAAUAUGUGGGGAAUCAAUUUUUAUCACAUCCAUUAUGGGAUAAAUAUUUGGAAUUUGAACAAAAUGAAGGAAAUUUAAAUAAUGUAUUGAAAAUAUUAUUACAAGUUAUCAAGAUCCCAUUACAUCAAUAUUCCAAAUAUUAUCAAAUGUUUUUGACAACAAGACAAUCAGACAAGAUUAAACUAGUUGAUGAAUAUUUCAAUAAUGUAUUUUUAAACACACAAACUUAUGUUGCAGAGAUAUGGCCAUUUGAAUCACAGAUUAAGCAAUCAUUCUUCACAUUAUCACAUGUAUUUAAGCAAGAAUUUGAUAAUUGGGAUAAUUAUUUAAAUUUCCAAAUUACAAAACAUUCAAAUACUUCAAAUGAUCUAACUAAACAACAAACAAUUUCCACAUUUGAAAGAUCAUUAAUACCUACUGCACUUUAUCCUAAAUUUUGGUAUAAAUAUCUUGAUUGGUACUUGGAUAAUUAUCCUCAAGAAUUUGAUAAUAUCAAUUCAAUUUAUCUCAAGGCUGUUAAUUUAUUCAUCCCUAUAAAAUUCAUUGAUAUAAGGUUAAACUAUGCAUUGUUUUUACAAGCUAAUAAACAAGAUCAUGACAAAAUCCAUGAUGUUUAUUUAUCAAUAAUAAGUUAUGUUCCAUAUGAAUUCAAACCUAUUAUAAGAUAUAUAAGGUUUUUAUCAUCACUCAAUAAUUCAAAUCAUAAGAAAACUUGUGAGAUUUUAGAAUCAAUAUUGGCAAAUUAUUUCAAUAGACAAAGGAAAAUGGAAUUAGAGUAUCAUUUAACAAGGUUUAUCAAAUUAUUAAAUGAUAAAACAAUAAGUAUAAUAAUUGUGGAAUUGAUUAAAAUCAAUUGGAUCUUUAUAAAAAACCAUUUAAAUGUUAAAAAAAAUUUAAAUUAUUAUUCAAAAUUUGAAAUAUUGAAUGGUUCAAUCCCAUUCUGGACAAUGAAUUAUAAAUAUCAUAAACAAUAUCAUGAUUUUAAAAACCUAACCAAGAUUAUUGAAUUCAUUAAAAAUGGUUCAUCAUUACCAAUAUCCACAAUAACAUUAAUCUUAACAGAUUAUACUGAAUUUCUCAAGACAAAUCAUCAAUCAGAUUCAUCAAUUUCCAUAUUUGAUUUAAACAACCACACCAAGAUCUUACAACUCGAGGCAGAUUUAUCAAAUCCUUUAGAAUCUCGUUUUAAAAUGGAUCAUCAAUUACAAAAAAGACAAAAAAGACAAAGUGGACAUCCUGGUGUUUUAAUUGAUAAACCUGAGAUCACAAACACUUUAAUAGAUUCACCAAUUUCGAGAACAAGGAUCCCACCAUUGCCGACUUUUAAGAAUGUCGAGAAGGCUAGUUUACCUAUUGAGUAUACACCUGAUGAAUGA